GCCGUCAUGGAGUUUGCAGACCCCAAGCUCGCUAUGAAGCGCGAGAGUCGGACACGAGCCCCCACGGCUUGUCAGACCUGCCGCCUGCGCAAGACCCGGUGCGACAAUACCAGGCCUAUUUGUAGCUACUGUGCCAUUCAGGGGGUUGAGUGCAUCUAUCCGGAGGCCUCGCCGCAUCCUGUCCACAAGCUGAACUCACACGUACCUUCAAGGGCUGGCUUUGAUUCAAGCAACCAUGAGAUCCUAUCACGACUGGGCCAAAUUACCACGCUACUGGAGGACAUCAAACAAGAUGGCGGAUCCAUAGUCUCAUCGGGCCGCUCACUCAGGGGUUCUUUAUUUGAGAUGAGCAUGCAGAGCAAUACCAGCCCCUUAGACGACCCUCUUUCGGGGAGCAACAUCCGUGGCAGUUGUUCGGGCGUCGAGGACCGCGCGGACGAGCACGACCCCCUGACGCUGUACGCGGCCAAUUCCGCCGAGUACAUGCUCCGGUGGCCCAUUUUCAAGAAGGUUAUCACCGAGGCAGAAAAGCAUACCCGCUCCUUUCUCCUCGAUUCACUAGACAAUCAGCUACAGUCGAACAUGCCACCACCCCGGCAAGUGGGCAUUGGCCUGCUGGUCGAUGACAUCCAGCACUUAUGUCGGAAAUACCUCCGACUAAUCCACCGCCGGAACCCUGUUGUGGAUAGGGAGAAGCUCGAGCGCUAUGCGAGGGAGGUCACUGUGCAAGGGCUGGGAUGGGACGGUCAAUCGUGCCAAGUGCUUCUUGCAUGCGCACUAGGCUGUUGCACCUCGACUUUCGUGCCAUUGAACGAGAUCCCCGAGGAUCUAGAUCGAGUCCCUGGACCACCCCCAACCGACGCCAACAUCGGGCUCGCAGAGGCUUAUUUUGAUGCGGCGAAACAGCGUUUCGGCUUCUUGCAUACGUCCCCCACUGAUAUUUCGUGUUUUCUACUUGCUGGUUUCUAUCAUAGGCAUGCAAUGCGUCCAUUACAAGCUUGGUUCUGCUUCCAGCAAGCAUCUUGCAGAUUGGAAGUUCGUUUACGGUCCUUGUGCAGGGAGCAAUGGACCGCAGACGUGAGCUAUCAUAAUUUGGAAUCACGUUUAUAUUGGUCGUGUAUCCAGGCGGAGCACGAGAUGCAAAGUGAACUUCCUCUAUGGAGUAGUGGACUGGAAAGCCUUGGCUAUUCCCAUCCCUUCCCAUCCAAAACCGACUCGACCUCACCGGAAGACAAGAUGAAAGAUGAUGACGAAGGUUUAAUAAAGCUACAGGCUGAUUUGAGCGAGUCAGACGAAGAGAAAGGCUGGAAGUUCUACAUCGGAUCUAUAUGCAACCGCCGAACAGUUAACGAUAUGCUCAUCGACAUGUGGCGGUGCGGAGAGAAGGAAUGGCUCACCAACGCCAGCGGCAUAGUCGAUAGAACAGCCGAGGCUGUCAAGGUUGUAGAUUCGUGGUACCAUCUGAGCUGCGACCAAAUUACACUAGCCGGCCUCCCCAAGGCAAACCCCGACAACCAAGACCUAGAAUUCUUCCUCUGGGGCCGCCGGGGACUCGCCCUCGAGAAAAUAUACCGGCCAGUCCUCUACCUAGCAUCACACUACCACUCACUCCCCGGCGACCUCCAGAGCAACGCCCAGCUCUCCCACAAAGUUUUCAGUCAAGCGCAACAGGCCAUCGACAACUGCGCCGAGCUCAUCCCGCACUUUUGGUACCACUUUCGGCAUGAGUGGAUAUGGAACAUCAUGCGGAGUACAUUUGGUGCCGCCGUGCAGAUCAUCGCCGCCGUGCUGAGCAGUCUGCUUGCGCAAAAGCCCGGUGCGUGGGUGCUUGUUCCGCCACGGAAAUGGCAGGCGCUGAUCCGCAUUUCGAUUAAGACGUUGCGGUAUUGGGCGGGCGAGUCGAUCGAUUUGGAGAUCAUGCGGGCCACCCUGGAGAGAAUGUACCAGGGGACGUGUCGGUUGGCGGGGGUGCGGGCUGAUCUGUUUCCUGCGUAG